AUGAAGGCUGCAAUAUCAUGCGCAUCUACCUACAUGGAGCAUACCAUGGAUGUCACCUUCACACUCAAACCAUCUGUAUCUGUAUCAGCCUCGAUUGUGCUGGGUUCCUCAAAGCCAUACAUUUUUUCGGGUUCAAAUAGCGUGCUGCAGUGGAUCAAUCUUGUCAAUGGAACAUCAACAUUGUUACCUGGCCUCUCAACUGACCCUUUAGAAUCAUGGCCCAGCGAUGCAACUGGAGACCCCACUGCUGUCACCGAUCUUAUGAAUGUCAGUUAUCCCGCUUGGAUGUGGCUUCUCGCUCAUGCUACAAAUAUGACCUUGGAGGACUUCAGGGACGUGGACAGGUUGCAGAAUGCAACCACUUCCACCUUUGAAAACAUGUGGCCUGAUUUUGCACAGGCUAACCUCAUGGUUGACCCUGAUACCUCUGGAUCAUCUUCAACUACGGUUGAUGGCAUGGUGCACAGCAGUGAUCUGAAACUUAUCGCUCACCCCCUUAGUGUGCGUCUAGCCCAAGGUACUUUGUCCGCCCUCAUCUUCGUCGUCAUCGGCGUGUACAUUCUGUGGCCGCAGACAGUGCUACCACGAGAUCCUUCAUCUCUCGCUGCGCUGGCUACUCUGUUGGCUGCGAAGGAAGGCACGAUUGAUUUGGACAAGGUAGUGUCCGAUACGGAGGGAAAGUCAGUGAGUUCGAAUCGAUCCGAGAUGCAGCUUCGCUUCGAGGAAGGGCUCGCCACCGUCAAAUCAAGCGACUCUACGAUUACGCCACUUCGGCAACAGGGUGAUGGCACCUUGCCGAUGUGGAGACCACUCACUCUACAUCCCAUUACAGGUACCACCCUGGCUGUUCUCAUUGUGGGAACCAUCGUUGCGUUACAGUACACAUAUCGCUACAGCAUGUCACACCACGGCUUCGGCGAUUCCGACACCAAGUCAAGUGCCCUGCAAACCUUGCGAAAUUACGUCGCACUGAUUUACAUCUUCAUUCUCAUCAUCAUGCUAUCCUCGUAUCUGAGUGCCAUCCAGGUGCUUGAUUCUUAUAUUUCUCUGGCACGCUCGCCAAUGCGGGCACACAGCACGGUGAUGUAUGCGCCCGCGUCUUGUACACAAGUCGGUCUCGUGUGGCACGCCACUCAGCAUCACAGUAUAGUGGGACUCUUAUGUGCAGCCAUGCUCAUGACCCUCCCGUUUCUCAAGAUUGCAGUAGCCGGUCUGCUCAUCACUACCUCCACUCUCCAUCAGAGCCCAGUCGCACUUAAUUGGACUGGGACGUUCAACAACACCUACAACUUCGGGUCUUUCUUUGUUAUAAACGAGAAUGGCAGCGCAUUUCCUACGGGGUUUCAAAGUGGCUGCCCUGUUGGUCUUGUAGAUUGUCCGGUCCCUGGGUGGUCAACAAUUUUGUCCCAGAUACCACAAUUCGGACUGUUGCUCCCGGAUUGGGUGAUGGCAACCGAUGCUGUCGGCGUGGUCGACGUGGAUCCACUUGGGUGGCUGUUGGACAGCGUAAAUGUGACUGUCCCUUUGCCGAUGGUCAGCGCGCAACUUUUCAACUGCUCAGCGCUGGAGUCAUCGGAUUACAAUUACACAGUCGGGUUCCUUGAAGGAGUCAUAUUUCCGAAUGAGAAGCCUGGACUCAUCGUCCAAUUACCCCCAUCGCUUGAUCCUGUCACCUGUUCAAACGCAAAUGACUGGGCGUGUCCGUCUGGUGAGGUUCCGAACCAGGUGAUGUUAACUCUCCCGCAAAAGCCGGGGUACUUUGGGGAAGCCAAUGCGCUGUAUGGCGGAUACAUAUUCUACUAUGGGAAGACACAAGACAACAAUGCUAGCCAGAUCACGGAUCUCAUCAUCGUGGAAUGUGCUUACAACAUAACACAAUCAACAAAGCAAGUCACCAUAACCAAGUCCAACACAAGCACUGUACCGAUUCUCACCAUCGAUCAAUCCUCUGUGCGCGAUGCCGAAAUCGUCAUUGAUCAUGGUACGGACGACGGCAACCUGCCUUAUUUCAUUUUCCCAGUUUUUCCGCUUGCGACGAACGCCAGUCAGGCGUUCGACACUUUCAAUCAGAUCCUAACCCUACGAAAUAUAUCAGCACCACUUAGCGCGUUCCUGGACCCCUCCUACCUCAUACCUGCUGUGCAGGAGUUGUACACCGCAUUUUGGGCUAUUUAUGCCAACGUAUACAUGCGGUUGCCCGUGAAUCGCUCUGACGCCAGUCAUCCAGGCAAGUGUCCCUACGCGGGUCAUUCAAGCACUCCUCGGCGUGAUCCUCGCAUGCGCACUCAUGCGACAGCACUGAUAUGGAGCACAGGCAACGCGCUGCCUUUCUCUCCAACCUCUAUCGGUGCUCAGCUGCGGCUGAUCGUGAGCAGUAGGUUCUCGGAGCUCGAGGUGCUCGGUGAGGAUGUGGACAACAACGAGCUUGGGAAGACGCUGGACAGCUAUCGGUUUGCAUUAGGAUGGAGUAACGACAUUGACGGGGUGACAUGA